AUGGCGGCUGCCAUGGAGCUGAGAUGCUGGGGAGGAGACUGGGGUCUGCCUUCCGUGCACACCGACUCCCUCAUAGUUCUGGCAUACGCCACGUUUUCUGGGGCAAAACUCACAGCUUCUCCUAUCGACUGGACAUGGAAAACUCUAACAGCGACGGUCCCAGAGCUGGUUUGUGGAGACUCAGCAGUUACAGAACCAUCACAGAUUCUUAACUUCCUGAGAAAACAGAGAUUUAAUGCCGACUACGAGCUGACAGCCAGACAAGGAGCAGACACCAUGGCAUACAUUGCUCUGCUGGAAGAGAAACUACUACCAGCUCUGUUGCACACUUUCUGGGUGGAUGCAGAAAACUACGCCAACCUGACUCGGCCGUGGUUUGCGUCACGCUCGCCGUUCCCUCUUAACUUCCUCGUCCCGAGUUGUCUCGCUAAAAUCGCCCUCUCCCGUAUCCUGCUGACCAAAGGAGAGUCGCCGCUACACAGAAUCACUGAGGUGGAAGGAAAGAUCUACAGUGAUGCUAAAGAGUGCCUGAAUCUGCUCUCCUACAGACUGGGAACAGAAAACUACUUCUUUGGCAACUCGCCAACCAGUCUGGACGCCUUUGUGUUUGGUUUUGUGGCUCCUCUCCACAAAGCCAGCCUCCCCAGCAGCCCUCUGCAGAGCCACCUCAGACAGCUGGAUAACCUCACAUGCUUCUGUGACAACAUCCUCGCGGUGUAUUUCAGCUCAAGCCACCCUUGUCCUCCCCCACCUGUUCAGGAAACAAUGGAUGCCAACCUGCAGAAACUAACUCAGCUUGUAAACAAAGAGUCCAACUUGAUAGAGAAGAUGGAUGACAAUCUUCGCAGCAGCCCUCAGCACAAACCCCACCGACCAGACCCCAAACCCAGUCUGGCCAGUGAGAAGAGCUCUACACCUGCCUAACCCCUGACUUUUCAACCCUGACUCCCAGAUCCAGCCACAUAACUCCAGGAGGAACACCCUGUAGAUAAAAGGCGAAGUUCUGAAUUGGACUCAACUCGUAAAAUUGUAAUCAACUUGAGCUAUAUCUCGAAAGGAAAAUAACUUAAAAUUUAAUGGAAGUAUGCUUAAACGAUUAUAAAAAAAGAGUAUUUUAAGAUAAUGAUUGAUUUCAAAGAUGUUGGUCUGAAAGAGAAGAAAAGUGCAUGUGUACGGUUUUUAUUUUUAAAGCGCAUGUACGUGGUUACGGGUGGAAUGCUAUGAAGUGGAGCUAGAUGAGAAAGACACAGAAAGUUCAAGGGGAAGCCAAAAGAAAUGAGAAGUCCAGCAGGGAAAAUAAGGGACACCGUUUGACCUCUCAGAGCGUCCAUUUUUGUUUUUAACCUGUUACUUUCUUAAAGGGAAAUGUGUUUUCUGUUUUUCAUAUGAUCACACUAUAGCUGUACUGCGUCAUGAGGAAAUUAGAAUUACCGAGUUAAGGAGACAUUGGUCACAAAGUAGAACCAUGUUGGACUAAAACACCUUAUGGCAAGAUUGAUUUAGCUCACUUACGUUACACUACUUUAUAAAUAUGUCAAUGCAGCAAGGAUUGUAAAUCCUUCUGAGCAUAUUUCCUUCCUAAAAUCCACUGUAAAAAUGUUCUGUAAAUUCAAAUAACAUUUAAUUUAGUGCAAUGUAUAGAAUAUAUGCAGUCAUGAUUAGAGGAAUAACUAGUUACUCAUUUUGCUUUCCGUCAUCUGCUUUGUACAGCUUGUAUAGUUGUAAAUAGUUUCAUGAUUACUUCAGUUUAACAAAUCAAUGCAAUUUACUUGUUUCCUCUAAUAGGGCUCAUUAGCUUGUUCACAAUCUUUACUAGCUACUCUGAGGUAAUGGAAGGGCCUUACGCACUGUAUUAACUUAUUCACGCAAAAUAUUUGGGACUAAUGUGUGUUUGUGUGUGUUCCCUCAGAAAACCAGUGUGUCUUUCAAUCGUGUUCUCUUUGUUGUGCAAGAAAUUUUGUGUCAUUAACAAUCCACUCACUUCUGUUGUUGCCUUUUUUUUCACGACUCAGAUAUUUUUGUAAAACAUUAAUUUUGUGUUGAUUUUCAUUGUUUGCUGUGCGUACAGUAUUUAAGGGUCACCUUAUUUAACCUGAAGUGUCUGUUUCAUGCAGCAAUGUGUUAUUAUUUGCCUUUUGUGUUUUAUUUGUAUAUUAUUAUUAUUACUUUUAAGGCACUUUUCAUUUUCUGUCAUGUUCCUUAAUAUCCUCACAGCUUAUACAUUACUGAUUAUUAAUAACACUGUGUCCAUGUGAUUGUUUUCAUGGUCUCGUGGUCAGCAUCUCAGUCUGAAAAUACUACUAAGAAACUCUUGCAAGUCCCCCAAGAAAAAUCACCUCAUGGAUACAUUCCUUUCAAAGCCCCAUAUUUUGAAACCAGAGCAAUCAUUUGAGCGUUUGUGCUGCCAGUUACUGCAUGUUGUUGGACAACAGAUAGGCUUGUGAGGACCAUAUGGGUGCAGUGUGCCUUCAUGACUCCUGGUGUCUUUGUACAGUCAACAAAAUGCUGACAGUGUCCUUCAUAAUUUUGAAAUGUUGUCAUAAAUUGUCUUUGACA